UCCUUUCGAGCCCACAACGUUCAAAUUCGUUUGCUACGCUCACGAGAGCGGACGUGCAGUGCGGAAAAAUCCGACGAAAUCAGGCAAAGUCCCCAGAUCCAAACUAUAUACGGAAUAAGCAAACAAAAAACAAACUCAAAACAAAACCAAAUUAAUAUAGCGCGUCUGCUGCUUGCGGUUGUGUUUCGUCUGCAUUUAAAUGAACGGGCAAAAACUGCGCGAAAUUACAUAAAUCGAAAGCUAAUUGAAACGAAAACCUGUGUCUUAGCGAAGUGUGAUUAACCCAACUACCCGAAAUCUAAACAGAUCCAAUUCGAAUCGAGCAAAUCCAGUGACAGUCUGUGCCGAAAUGGAGAAAAACAACAACGAGCUGUCCGCCGAGAAUGCGCAGAUCCUGGCCAACGGACACGCCCACCCCAAUGCCAAUGGAGUGGUCCACCCUAAAAAGGAGGCAGUCGCUCCUGCUGCCGAUGGCUGGCGUCAAGUCCUGUGGAAUACCUGGGAUGCCUUUGCGGACGUGGCCUGGUUCAUCAUCUGCUGCAUUGGAUACAUCCUGCAGGAUCUUUACUACAUUGCCUUCGGCUAUCCCGAAAAGGAGCUCAACACAGACAUUGCACUGAUCACAGGUGGUGGCAACGGACUUGGUCGCCUUCUGGCUGAGAGACUGGGAAAAAUGGGAACCAAGGUCGUUAUCUGGGACAUCAACAAGAAGGGCAUUGCGGAAACCGUCCAAAUUGUCGAAGAGGCGGGUGGCUAUUGCAAGGGCUAUGUGGUGGAUAUAUCCAAAAAGGAGGAGGUCUACAAGGCAGCCGAUGUCAUCAGAGACGAAGUCGGUGAUAUCACUCUGCUGAUCAACAAUGCGGGCGUUGUAUCUGGGCUGCACCUUUUGGAUACACCUGACCAUCUGAUCGAGCGAUCGUUCAAUGUGAAUGUCAUGGCACACUUUUGGACGACAAAAGCGUUUCUGCCCAAAAUGAUUGAGAAUGAUCGAGGACAUAUUGCCACGAUCGCCUCGCUGGCCGGCCAUGUGGGCAUUAGCAAAUUGGUCGAUUACUGUGCGAGUAAAUUCGCAGCGGUUGGCUUUGAUGAGGCUUUGAGGCUGGAGCUGGAAGUCCUUGGACAUACGAACAUCCGAACCACCUGCAUCUGCCCCUUCUUCAUCCAGGCCACUGGCAUGUUCGACGACGUGAAUGCCAGAUGGGUACCCACACUGAAUCCCAACGAUGUGGCCGAUCGUGUCAUUGCGGCCAUCAGGAAGAACGAGAAACUGGCCGUCAUUCCCGGUUUCCUGAAGGUCCUCCUCUCCUUCAAGUGGACCUUCCCCUGGGGCUGCGUGGGUGGCUUGCUGAAGCGACUGGUGCCCGACGCCUCCCCCCAUGGCCUGCCCAGCUCCAUAGCCGUUCCCGCCGUACCGCUGAACUCCAGUUCCAAGUCGACGGCCGCCGAUAUCGCCGCUUUGGAUGCUGAGCUAAGUAGCGUUACUCUGCCGGCGAAGCCACCCUCGAUGCUCAUCCAAAGGACACCGUCGCUGGGGGAGCGAGUCCUUUGAGCGCCCAACACCAAGAGCACACCAUCCACUGCUGUUGUUGUAUUCACAUUAUUCUUUUUCCAACGUGGAGGUACGAGCAUGUGUAA